UUUGGAGCCUUCAUGGAAAAUUACCUUGUGACCAAGAGGGGAGGUCAGGACUGGUAGAGUUAGACUCCACUUGUCCUGAGAAGAGGAGGCAGCAGCAGCAGCAGCAGCAGCAGCAGAGCGAGGAUGGCCUGUGUGUUCGGCUGAUGAGGGGACUGAAGUCGGACGAUGGACAAACUAAAAGGUCCCGCAGUAGGAUGCACCACAGCCACCUGUGGAUGGAGAGCCCUGCUCCUCCCGCAGCUAAACAGACAGUCCCUGUACAUGUACGGCAGCGAAAUGGCCGUGGAGAAGGAGUGCAUACGACAGCUGCAGAGCGGAGUCUUUGUCAUCCACCCGUUCAGCCUCAUGAGGAGUUACUACAUCAUGUGCAUGAUGGCCAUCACAUUUCUGAACCUGAUUGGGAUUCCCAUGGAGAUAGCGUUUCUGGACGGAAACAGCGGGCUGGCAUGGGAGGGAUUUAACGUGUUUUCAGACACGCUGUUCCUAAUAGACGUGGCUCUGAAUUUCCGAAUGGGCAUCAUAGAAGAGGACGGCGAGGAAGCUAUUCUGGAUAUCAAGCGGAUCCGAGUCAGUUACCUGAGGACAUGGUUCAUACCGGACGUCAUAGCUGCUUUCCCAAUUGGCUACAUACUGUUGUUUGCGGACUUACAAUACCACAACGAUGACAACCCCUCCAAGACCAACAAGAUGAUGAGGAUACUGAUGUUUGUGCGGAUCCUCAGCCUGAUCAGACUGGCUCGAGUGUCCAGAUUGGUCAGGUUCUUCAACGAAGUGGAGAAAGUGUCAAAUGCAAACUUGGAGGUGGUCCGGUUGUUCUUCCGCAUCUUGUCUCUGUUCAUGAUGAUUUUCCUGCUGUGUCACUGGAACGGCUGCAUCCAGUACUUUGUCCCUAUGCUGGAGGAGUUUCCCACAGACUGCUGGGUCCGGAAAGAAAACCUGAUGAAUGCCACAGUGAUCGUGAAGUACUCUUGGGGAGUUUUCCGAGCUCUCUCCCAAAUGAUUGCUCUCUCUUAUGGCUCCAUGGAUGCACCAACAAAUUAUGUUGAAUUGUGGAUGGUCAUGGUCAGUAUGGUGUCCGGCUGUCUGAUGUACACCGUCCUCGUGGCCAAUGCUACAACCAUGAUUGCCAACAUUGACCCAGCAGCCAAGGAGUACAAGAGCAAGAUGAGCCGUUUGGAGCACUACAUGACCUUCAUGAAGCUGCCACCAGAGCUGCAGCUUCGUAUCAACAACUACUACCAGGCUCGCUAUGGGGGGAAGUGGUUUCAUGAGAAGGACGUCAUGGACACAGUGUCCUCAGCGCUUAAAGAGCAAAUCUUGAUGGUGAUGUGCAGCCGGCUGCUAAGAAACGUGCCAAUGUUUCAGAACAGAGAUGAAAACUUUAUCAACGCAGUCCUCCUCAAACUGGAGUAUGAGGUUUUCCUAGAGGGAGAUGCCAUCAUCCGACAGAACGUCCCAGGCGACCGCAUGUUUUUCAUCGACCACGGCCAGGUCCUCAUGGAGACUGAUUCAAACGAGAGGGAACUGUGUGAUGGAGACUUUUUUGGAGAGACAUGCGUGCUGACCAAAGGCAAACAUCUGGCCACAGUGAAGGCACUGACCGACUGCCAAUGCUUCUCUCUGUCCUGGGACGACUUUCAUGAGACGCUGGAGGGCUUCCCAGAUGUCAAGAAGGACUUAGAAAAAAUGGUUCAGCUGAACUCGGAUUGUGGACUUGUGUAAGACCAAAAACAGUAUAUGGACUUGUUUUUGCAAAGGACAAGAGAUAUGGAUAUUUCCAGGACACUGUAACUAUGUGAUGGACAAUAAGACUGUGGCUGAUUCCUCAUGUGGACCCAAGUUGGACAUUUAUUCAUUGAUGGGAUGGACAGUUUUAGAGCAUUUACUAUUUUCAUUCUGAUGGGAAUUAUUCUGUCUUCUGAUCCAUCAGUUAUCAGCAAUAAUCAAAGACCUCAACAGUAAAGACGGGUCAAACGUUUGAGCUUCCUUGUUGAUGCUGCAAUUUAGCAUUGAAGUCAAUACAUAUCUUAGUGACAUAACAAGAAAGAUUCAACAAUCAAAACAAAAGGGAAAUUCUGGUUUCUUACAACUUGGGCUUUAUUUUCGUUCGUCGUCUAUCCAUCCAUCCAUCCAUCCAUCCAUCGUCAACUGCUUAUCCAUGUACAGGGUCCUGGGGGGGCUGGAGGCAAUCCCUCUUUUGGCCAUCACUCAUAUCAAUAAAAACAGCAUUGUACUCAUGUUCAUUGCUGAGAUCUGGGAACAGGGCAACAUUGCUAAAACGUCAUACAACUGGGCAAGAAACACGAGCAGUCAAACAGCAAGUCAUCAUGUUAGCUAAAGUUAUUUAAACAAAGGCAAACCACAGUUAAGCGACCAACCAUUCAAUUUUUAUCUACGGUGCUUAGCAUAGUUUUCGUGUGCAGUGGAAGAUUAUUACUUAUCUUAUUAUCAUUUCAGAUGCACUUACGUUUAGUUUAAUCUCAAAAUAAUAAUUUAGAUAAUCUGACAAAACACCACCUGUCACAUUGUCUGACUUCUUGUCUGUUUGAACUUUAAUGUCACUAAGUUGCCCUGUUGUCAGAUCUCAGCAAAUACUUGUGAGUGCAAGGCUAGCAGCUCUAUGAGGCAGCGGGGCUUUUACCUAAAUGCUAAUAUCAGCAUGCUAAGAUGCUCAUGACAAUACUGACAUGUUAAUAUUUUAACAGGUAUAAUAUUUACCAUGUUCACCAUCUGUGUUGUACAUUUUGAUCUCAUGGACACGCUAGAUAGAAAUUUCAGGGGAUCAUUACAAUUAAUUCUCUAGAGAUCCAAUAAUGUCUGUGCAACGUUUCAUGCAAUCCAUUCAAUAUUUGUUGAGAUAUUUCAGUCUGGACCAAAGUGCUGACCAGCCAACUCUAAGGAUGGCUUAGAUAAGACCCAAGUUGAAAAAAAAAAAAAAUUGAAUUUUGCUUUAAUUGAAAAAAAAAAAACUUCAUGUAUGUCAUUUUUCUUUUCUCUAAAAUGACAUUUAUUUAGAAGUAAUAUUACGCAAGACAUGUUAAUGCCACUGUGAAAGCAACAAAAAUAAAGCCGAUACUGUAAUAUGA